UGUAAAGAGAGGGCCCCGUUGGGUGAGGAGCCCGGAAAGGCCCGCCUGGAUUCGGGCCCCCUGCCCUUGUCCCCAGGGCCGGGGGCACGGGCGAAGCGGGGUCCCGGGAUCUCCUGACCAGCCGGCGGCCCAGGCGGAGGCCUGCGUUCCGAGAAUCUGACACCUUCCCUACCACCGAGAUGGAUUCAGAUGCUUGUUACCUCCUGGGGUUGUUUACCAGAAACGUAACUAAGACUAGGGGAAGAAGCCAUGCCUACUUGGGGGGCUGGCUCCCCGACUCCUGACCGCUUUACGGUGUCUGCGGAAGCAGAGGAGAAGGUCCGGGCACAGCAGAGCCGAUUGGAGCGCAUUUUCAGCGUGGGGGUGAGCGUCCUCCCCAAGGACUGUCCGGAGAACCCCCACAUCUGGCUGCAGCUGGAGGGUUCCAAGGAGAACGUCGGCCGAGCCAAGGAGUACCUGAAGGGUCUCUGCAGCCCGGAACUGCAGAAUGAAAUCCACUACCCACCCAGACUGCAUUGCAUCUUCCUGGGAGCCCAGGGGUUCUUCCUUGACUGCCUGGCCUGGAGCACAUCAGCCCAUCUGGUUCCUGGGGCACCCGGCUCGCUGAUGAUCAGUGGGCUAACAGAGGCGUUUGUCAUGGCUCAGAGUCGUGUAGAGGAUCUAGUGGACUUCCGGCCAGGGUCCUACCCCAUGACCUCUCAGAGUGCUGGAGUGCUGAGGGACUUCUCUGCCCUGCUGCAGCCCUGGGAGGAUACCCACACAGAGGCCCUGCUGCAGCUGCCCUUGGCUGUCCAGGAGAAGCUACUGAGUCUGGUGCAGGAGGCAUCCAGGGGGCAUGGGCCAUUGACACCCGCUUCAUGGGGAGGGAGGAGCCCAGGCCUGUUGGGUGCUCUGCACCAGGGAGUCAGACCUUCUCUGAGUGAAGGUGGGGAAUCUCUGGAUGCUGGAUCUGUAGGGCAGGGAGAAUCAAGGGGGGCAAGUGGAGUGAGUCAUACUGUGGAGAAUAGAGGGAAACAGGGUGGUCUCAGGGAGGUGGAUCAAGGGUGGAAGGAGCUCCUUGGGGAAGAGGCCUGGGAGAAAGAAGUGACUUUCAGGUCACAGCCAGCAGGUGGAGGGACAGGGGAGAUGGGGUUCCUGAAAGGAAUGGCCUUGGGGAAGGAGGGGGUGCCUCAGCAAAGAGGAGGAUCUGGUGUCCAGUGUGAGCCUCCCGGUGCUCAGGGCCACUCUCAGAAGGCAGCUCAGUCCCGGGGAGCCUCCCUCCUCCAGCGGCUCCAUAAUGGUGAAGCCUCACCUCUGAGAGUACCUAGCCCCCCACCUGCGCCUGAACCCCCAUGGCCCUGUGGAGACCGGGGAGAUCUAGGAGACAGGGGAGAUAAGCAGCAGGCUCGAGGUCGAGGAUCUCCAUGGAAACGAGGCACCCGUGGAGGCAACUUGGUGACUGGCACUCAGCGUUUUCAAGAGGCCUUGCAGGAUCCUUUCACCCUGUGUCUUGCCAAUGUACCCGGCCAGCCGGACCUCCGCCAUAUUGUCAUUGACGGCAGCAAUGUGGCCAUGGUGCAUGGCCUGCAGCACUAUUUCUCCAGCCGGGGUAUUGCCAUUGCUGUGCAGUACUUCUGGGACCGUGGCCAUCGUGACAUCACUGUCUUUGUGCCUCAGUGGCGCUUCAGUAAGGAUGGCAAGGUCAGAGAGAUUCAUUUCCUGCAAAAGCUAUACUCACUCAGCCUGCUUUCUCUCACCCCCUCUCGAGUCAUGGAUGGCAAGAGGAUCUCCUCCUAUGAUGACAGGUUCAUGUUGAAGUUGGCUGAGGAGACCAGUGGGAUCAUUGUCUCCAACGACCAGUUCCGGGACCUGGCGGAGGAGUCUGACCAGUGGAUGGCAAUCAUCAGAGAGCGCCUGCUGCCCUUCACCUUCGUGGGAAACCUCUUCAUGGUCCCUGAUGACCCACUGGGUCGAAAUGGACCCACUCUGGAUGAGUUCCUGAAGAAGCCAGCCAGGAAACAGUUGUCUUCUAAGGCUCAGCAUCCUUCCAAGGGCUUUGCAGGAUAUGGUAAUCAGCAGCAGGGGAGGGAAGAGGAAAAAGGCAGUGGUGGCAUUCGGAAGACCCGGGAGACAGAGCGGCUCCGGCGCCAGCUGUUGGAGGUGUUUGGGGGUCAGGAUCACAAGGUGGACUUCAUCCUGCAGCGGGAACCAUACUGCCGGGACAUUAACCAACUGUCUGAGGCCUUGCUGAGCCUCAACUUUUGAGCCUUCCCUGCCUGUGUGACUGCUGCCCUGUUAGCCCCAGGCUCCCCCAGCCCAUCCCCUUCUGUGAGAGUCCCUGUGCUGCUCAGGCUCUGGCCCAGAGCCACUGUGAGUUGGUUCUUUGGGCCAGGGAUGGACCGGGAAGAGGAUUCCAGUGAAGGGAAAGCUUUUGUCCAGGCAUUUUGGGGACAGGUUCAUAAAGUGACCAAAACUCAAAGCAGAACUCAAACCAGCUCUCAAGAGGUUCUGCUCAUCCUUAACUUCCCAGUCUUGCUUUAGCACAGGCUUUCCAUAGGAAGGGGCUGCUAGAAAGGGUAAGUCAUGGAGAUGGACCAUUGGCUGACUUGGGGUCGAGGCUAGGGUAAUCCAGGGCUGGCAAAAAAGCCAAGCCUUUCUCCCCCUGGAUGCUGCUCUGGAUGACUGGAGGGCCGUCUCUUGGUAGUGUCAGAAGGAAUGCUGGGCCCUUGAGGGGCUGUAGUGUUAGGUAGGCUGGGUUGCACUGAGCUGAGGAAGAAGACAGAGGGUGACUGGUUUCAGCUGUGCCUGUCUAUGGCUUUGAUUGAGCUGCUUAGCCUUUACUUCUGCCUAUAAAUCAAGAGUAAAAGUGCCUGUUGGGAGGAGAAAUGAAACUGUAGAGGAAAGCUUGGAGGACAUGUGCUUGGACCAAGUCUCAGGUGUGUCUGCCUGUGCCUGCACAGGCUCCAUAAUCAAAACUUUGCUCUCAUGGAGAUGUGGGUCAUUCAUGUUCAGGUACCAGGCCCUAGAUUUUAACACUGUGUCCUCAGAGUAACGUGCCAAAUAAUGGCUAUGUCCCUUUUGGGCAACCCUCAGAACCCACAUUUAUAAAAUAGAGUUAAGUUAGGGUGAAUGCAUUACCAAAAAUACUCUCAGGGUUCCUACAAAUGGCAGCUCUCCUGUUGUAUCAAGUGUUUGUUUACAGAUUAACAAAUGUGUCAGGAAGUCCCUGGUUCGGUCCUCUUGCUGAAGCACUGGGAAUAUUCACGAAAUUCAUGAAGCCAUGCUCUGCCAUGAUGUUAAUGUGAUCUGAGCUAACAUUUUCUUUACAAAGAUAUAGGCUGCAUAAGGUGAGGCACUUCUGCUUUGUGUGUGUACGUGCGUAUGCCCGGGUGUGCAUGUAUAUGUAUGGAGAUGGGCUAUAGAAGCUUUAUGUAGAUGAAAUGGUUAUCUGGAAAAUGAAGAAUCAGAGUUGGAAGGCACCUGAUUGGCCACCAGACUAACUCCACUAACACACAUGACAUCCCGUCUCCAUCCUAAUUCCUACAGGUCAUUGCCUUGUAUCUGCUUGAAUUCCUUCUGUGCUGGGCAAUUUACCACCUGGAGGGUAGCACAUUCCUUACAGGGACAGUACUCAUUGGUAGUCCUUCCUCUAAUGUAGCCUAAAAUAUGCUUUUCUGUAACCUUUGAGGCUGGUCAUUACCCUAGGAACAGUCAACUUCCUAGACUCCUAGGUAAGAGGUAGGAUAGGGGCCCCUGGGCUUUGUUCUGUUCGGGCCCUGCAGCAUAUCCCUGACUAAGAUCCUUUUUAGGCUCUGAUUUCUUCCCUGGGUAGCAGGGAAUCAGGCAUGAAGAGCUGAACAGUGAGGAGGGUCCCCAGGUCCCAGUGUCUUUGCCUUUUGGUCUGCUGGUGCUUUUUAUUGCUAGUCAGUAUUGACCUAGACUGGAGGCAUGCAUGGUGGUGACCUGCCUGGUCAGGGAGUUGGCAGUGACUCAACCCAUAGUACCUUGGGAAAAAAAGGGAUUUGGAUAAUAUGGUCCAAACUGGGGGCUGAUAAACUACUUCUGGUUAAACUGUAGCAGACAUCACAACUUUAGGUCGAUGAAAAGGGUCCCAGAUGAAUACUUGGGACUUAAUUUUUCGUGACAGGGUUGAUUUGUAGCCCAUGAUUGGUUCCCUGCCCUUUCCACUCUCCACGAUGGUGGAUGUAUGGUAGGUCAGAGGGAUCUCCUGUACUUUUGUGCUGAGGAUCCUGGUACAUGGAGGUGGCUCCACUCAGAUGAGAGGCAAAGCCUAGGUGUUGGAUUUGUCCUGCUGCAGCUUGAUAAAGUGAGACCAACAUCUGGUGGUUUUUUAAAUUCACUGCCAUUUCGUGACAUAGACUGAAGGCUGGCCUGCAUGGGACCUCCUCUCUUCCUCUGGUAGCUUCCUGAUGACAUGUACUCUGAACAGAUGUGCAGGGUGACCACAGAACUCACUGGAAAUGGUUCAUCAUUCCUCUUGUUUUCUAAUCUUGAUCGUAACUUCAUGCCUUACACCUGUGAUCAGCCCUUUUGGUAAAGAGGGACCAAGAAGGGAAAGGAUAAGGAGAGCUGUUGCCUAUUAUAAUUUUAAAAACCCUGUGUUGGGAAAAGAGUAAUCUAGAAUGACAGUCUUUGAAUAAAUUCUAGGAGAAUCUAGGCCAAAGAGAUGAGCUGAAGCCAGCUGGAUAAUUUAUCUUUAUUGCCAAAACUGCAGAGCACUCUACAUAGCACAAAGAACUAGGGCAACAAUGUGACACAGAGAAACCAAACUUGGAAAUUUUCUUACAUGGACUCAAAGAGGUUCAAGUCCCAACUUGAUGAGAUACAGCCUUGAGACUGGAGAAUUUGUUAAAUAAGGUGGAGUGACAGAACAAUGGGGAAGAGAGGAAUGGGAGAGGAAUCCCAAAGAACCAGAUGGGAUCUCUCAGGUAGAGGACUACCCGAGGCUAUUCACAGUAUCUAAUCAGGGAGCCUCUGUCAAGGGACAGGCCUGGCCUCCUGUCAUGAGCUUUUCUACUUAGGCUACGACUUCCUUCAAGGCGGCCUCCAGCUCUGGGAAGGAAUAUUGGUAGCCAGUGGCCAGUGUCCGCCGUGGGACCACCUUCUGGCCCUCCAGCAGCAUGAUGGCACGUUCUUGCCCAAAGACAGCUUGUACCACAGUGCUGGGGACAGGGAUGAAGGCUGGGCGGCCCAGGGCAGCACCCAAGGCUCGGGCAAACUCAGCACUGGUAGUGGUGGAGGCUGGAGCCACUCCAUUGAGGAUCCCCUGCACGUGGUUUGCUUCAAGGGCAUGGGUCAGGAUUCCUACCAGGUCCCUGAUGUGAAUCCAAGGGAAGAACUGGCGGCCUGAGCCGAUGGGGCCCCCCAGGCCCAGACGGAAGGGCAGCAGCAUAUGGCCGAUGGCACCACCUCCACGGCCCAGCACAACCCCUAGAAUAGGCAGGUAUGUGAUACAGGGAGGACCCUCAGCUAUAAAGCAGUCUGACUAUGUCUCAUUCUUGUUUUCCCUUCCUUAUUCUCUCCCCACGUGGACUCAGCUUUGUCCCAGAGUUGAGGAGUGUGACUCUUCAGGACUUGCUAUUCUCCCCUCUGCAGGCUGUCCAGAAAUGAUAGCAUCCUGUCACUCUCUAAGCUCAGCUUCCCUGAUUCCACUCUACCCUCCCCAGCCCAGAGAAGCCAUCCCACCCUGUCUGGUACCAAGAUCCUUGGUUCUCACCAGAGCGUACCACCACCUGACGUGUAGAAUCUCCGGGAAGCCUGGCUACAGCUUCCCAUCUGGUCACAAGUUUGGAGAAAAAGUCGAAAUCUCCUCCUGGGCUGGCCUCAUCAUACUCUGCAGUCAGGCUGGGCUGGUAGUAAGCUGUCAAUGGAAGAGCACUCGUUUGCUCUUGGUGUCUGUGUCCUGCCUGGCCCUUUGCAGUCAAGGCUGCACUUGUCCUCACCCUCUGUGUCCUUGGGAUCUCUCUCUACACCUCUCCCCCUCGAGCUUCUCUAUGACCUGACCUGUUCCUUUUGUGAACUCCUUUGUCUGCAGCCUCACUCACAGGCUUCUAGAGUGUAGUGGUUAAGAACAGAAAUCUGGGUGCCGGACUGCUUGAGUUUUAAUUUCAGCUCUGUCAUUUCUUAGCUUUGUGACUUUUGGCAAGUUAUGUAACUUGUCUGUUUAGAAUUUGUGCAUCUUUAAAAUGGGAAUAAUAGUACCUACCUCAUAGGGUUGUUGUGAAGAUUAAAUGUAAUAUGAAUAAAACACUUCGAGUACUUGCUUCUAUGUA